AUGGCAGAGAACAUCGACUCUUUUGAGCAACUUACUACCCGAAUCGGAUGUCUGCGAAUGAGAAGAUGUGGUCCAAUGUCAGGCUUGAGAAUCUUCGUUGCUUACGCUCCAACACCAAGUUACGGAGAAGAGGAAGUCGAAGCUUUCUAUAUGGAUCUGGAGAAGUUCUACAGAGAAGAUCAUACCUUCUACAAGGUCAUAAUUGGCGAUUUCAACGCCAAGGUUGGCCCAAGAAGAACGCCGGAGGAACUUCACAUCGGGACCCGUGGCCUUCAAUGGAAUGACCAGGGGGAGAGGCUCUCCGAGUUCAUCAUGACGACUAAGACCAUCCAUAGAAACUCGCAAUUCCAGACGCCUUCCUCUCUACGCUGUACGUGGAAGUCACCCGAUGGAGGGUAUCAUAAUGAAGUUGACCACAUCAUCUUCAGUAAAAGGUUUUGUCUGUCUGUCGUUGUUGUACCAAAGUUCUAUACGGGAUCAGACAAUGGCCUUAUUCGAGGAAGAUUUUCGUUCACACGGAGAGGAAAAACAGCCGCGAAGUUCACUAAGCGAAUUCCUAGAACCAUCAUCGACUGGGAGCUCAUCGCUUCGCUUGUCGGCCUUUGA